AUGACAGUUUGGCAGCGACAGCCUAAAACUCUUCCCCUGUGCCAACCUAGUCACCCACUGCCCAUCCCAUCCCCUUUUGUUGUUACACCAUCACACUCGAAGGCAAGAAUUGAAGGCAGCUUGAAGGCACACGAUGACUUCUACGAGUACUCACGGACACAACAGUGGCGGUCAUUACGAUCAGAGCCUGCUGGACGAGGCUACAAAGGCUACAAAGCAGAUGCGGCAGUUCUGCUCUGCUUUCUCGCUGGAUCAUGUCUCUUCUUCACUCUUCGUAACCUUCGUGAUGACCACAGCUGA